ACUGAUCUAUCCUCUCACGAUUCCGACACUGACACCACUAUCACCUUGACUCAACGCGUUGAUGCAUCGUUGCCAGGCCCACCGCGUCAACUCCAGACACUCGACAUCGUCCAGAUCUUUUCGAACAU